GAGCGCAGAGCCAUGGGCAACUGGCCCGGGGGUCCCGCGCAGCCCCACGCCUGCGGGCGGACCCUCUGCUCCCGCCACCGGCCCUCCACCUCGGAGGAGGGGGACCCCGUCAGCAAGAGCAGCUUGCCAGCCGAGCGCCCGGCGGACCCUCCCCGCUAUUCCCGCCUCAAGAACUGGCAGACGGGCACCAUCCUGUACGACACCCUCAGCGCCCAGGCCAGGCAGGAGGUGCCCUGCAAUGGGAAACGGUGCCUGGGCGCCGCCAUGCUGCCCAAACAGAUGCUAGCCGGCUGCGACGGUGCCCGAUCGGAGGAAGAGCUGCUGAGUCUGGCCAGGGACUUCCUCGGCCUCUACUACAGCUCCAUGAGGCGGGCCGAGUCGCAAGCCCACCACCAGCGCCUCCGGGAGGUGGAGCAGCAGAUUGCCGCCACCGGCACCUACCAGCUGCUGGAGGCCGAGCUGGUCUUCGGCGCCAAGCACGCCUGGCGCAACGCCCCGCGCUGCCUGGGACGCAUCCAGUGGAACAAGUUGCAGGUCUUUGACGCCCGGGACAUCACCACCGCCCAGGACAUGUUCACCUUCCUGUGUAACCACAUCAACUACGCAACCAACCGGGGGAAUCUACGGUCGGCCAUCACUGUCUUCCCGCCGCGGCUGGCGGGACGGGGCGACUUCCGCAUCUGGAAUCAGCAGCUGAUCCGCUACGCCGGCUACCCGCAGCCCGACGGCGGCGUCCUGGGAGACCCGGCCAGCAUGGAGAUCACCGAGCUCUGCAUGCAGUAUGGCUGGCGUCCCCCCUAUGGCCGUUUCGAUGUCCUCCCGCUGCUCCUGCAAGCGCCAGACGAGGACCCCGAGCUGUUCGUUCUGCCUCCCGAGCUGGUGCUGGAGGUGCCCAUCGUCCACCCCACACUGCCGUGGUUUGAGGAGCUGGGACUCCGCUGGUACGCCCUCCCGGCCGUGGCCAACAUGCUGCUGGAAAUUGGCGGUCUAGAGUUCCCAGCCGCCCCCUUCAGCGGCUGGUACGUGGGCUGCGAGAUCGGCAUGCGGGACUUUUGCGACGCCCACCGCUACAACCUCUUGCAGGGGGUGGCUGAGAAGAUGGGGCUGGACACGGGGACCACCCUCUCCCUAUGGAAAGACAAGGCGGCGGUGGAGAUGAACGUGGCCGUGCUGCACAGCUUCCAGCUGGCCAAAGUGACCAUCGUGGACCACCACGCUGUGGCUGAGUCCUUCAUGAAGCACCUGGAGAACGAGCAGCGCAUCCGGGGGGGCUGCCCGGCCGACUGGAUCUGGCUGGUGCCCCCCAUCUCCGGCAGCCUCACCCCCGUCUUCCACCAGGAGCUGGUCAACUACCAGCUGUCCCCCGGCUUCCGAUACCAGGCCGACCCCUGGAAGUCCUACGUCCCCAAAGGGACCACCAUCACCCGGAAGAAGACCUUCAAGGAGAUCGCCAACGCCGUCAAGAUCUCCGCCAAGCUGAUGGGCCACGUGAUGGCCCAACGGGUCAAGGCCACCAUCCUCUACGCCUCGGAGACGGGCAAGUCCAAGGCCUACGCCUUCAGCCUGAAGGAGCUCUUCCAGUCGGCCUUCGCCCCCAAGGUGAUGUGCCUCGAUGAAUACGACGUGGUGUCCUUGGAGCAUGAGACCCUCGUUCUGGUGGUCACCAGCACCUUCGGCAACGGAGACCCUCCGGAGAACGGAGAGAGCUUCUCCAAAGCCUUGAUGGAGAUGUCCUGCCCGUAUCUGGGAGCGGUGGAGCCGGAGUUUCAGAAGAGCUACAAGAUGCGCUUCAACAGCAUCUCUCAGUCCGACCCUUCGGUGGCCUUCUGGAAGAAGAAGCGCAGAGAGUCCAGCAACACGGACAGUGCGGGCGCCCUGGGCACCCUCAGGUUCUCCGUCUUCGGUCUGGGGUCCCGGGCGUACCCCCACUUCUGCGCCUUCGCCCACGCGGUGGACACCCGGCUGGAGGAGCUGGGCGGCGAACGGAUCCUGCCGCUGGGCGAAGGCGACGAGCUGUGCGGGCAGGAGGAGUCCUUCCGCACCUGGGCCUCCAGCGUCUUCAAGGCCGCGUGCGACACCUUCUGCGUCGCGUCGGACAGCGUCUCCGCCGAGGUGUUCUCCGCCCGCUCCAGCUGGAAGCGCAACCGGCACCGGGUCCUGGCCCAGCCCGGCGUCACCUUUGACCUCCUGGCAGAUCUGACGAAGAUGCACAAACGGAAGGUGUUCCCGUGUUACGUCCAUUCGGUCAAGAAUCUGCAGAGCUCCGAUUCCGGCCGCUCCACCCUCCUGGUGCGCCUGCAGACGGGAGACCAAGCGGAGCUGCGCUACCAGCCGGGUGACCACGUCAGCAUCUUCCCGGCCAACCGGGCGCCGCUGGUGGAGGCGCUGAUGCGCCUGGUCCAGGACCCCCCGCCGGCCGAGGAGCCCGUCGCCGUGGAGACCCUGGAGGCAGGCACCGAGGGGGUGAAGCGGAUGUGGGUGCCCAGCCCCCGGCUGCCCCCCUGCACCCUGCGCCAGGCGCUGACCUACUUCCUGGAUAUCACCACGGCGCCCAGCCCCCAGAUGCUCCAGCUGUUGGCCGGCCUGGCCGAGGACCGGACGGAGCGGGAGAAGCUGCAGCGGCUCAGCCAGGACUCCCUGCUCUACGAAGAGUGGAAGUGGUUCCGGUGCCCGACGGUGAUCGAACUGUUGGAGGAGUUCCCCUCGGUGGCGCUGCCUACUUCACUGCUGCUCACCCAGCUGCCCUUACUACAGGCCCGCCAGUACUCCGUUAGCUCCGCGCCCGACACGCAUCCGGGGGAGCUGCACCUCACCGUAGCCGUGCUCAACUAUCGCAGUCAGGAUGGGAAGGGCCCCAUGCACUACGGCGUCUGCUCCACGUGGCUGUCCCAGCUCUCUCCGGGCGAGAUGGUGCCGGCUUUCGUUCGAAGCACCCCAAACUUCCAGCUCCCGGAGGACCCCACAGCCCCCUGUAUCCUGGUGGGGCCUGGCACCGGCAUCGCCCCGUUCCGGGGUUUCUGGCAGCAACGGCAACACCGGAUGAAAACCGAAGGCCUGGCCCCCGGCGACAUGACUCUCGUGUUUGGCUGCCGUAGUUCCCGCCACGACCACAUCUACAGCGAGGAGAUCCGAGAGGCGCAGGAGACGGGGGCCCUACGUCGCGUCCUCACCGGCUUCUCGCGGGACCCCGAUUACCCCAAGACCUACGUGCAGGACCUGUUGCGGCUGCACCUGGCGGACCACGUCUUCGAGGUGCUGAGCCAGCUCGAGGGCCACGUCUACGUCUGCGGCGACGUCACGAUGGCCACGGGGGUCCUGCAGACCAUCCAGCAGAUCUUGGCGCAGGAAGGGAGGAUGUCGUUGGUGGAGGCAGGCGACGCCAUCAGCGAACUCCGGGACCAAAACCGCUACCACGAGGACAUCUUCGGCCUGACCUUCCGCACACAGGAAGUGGCGUCGCGCAUCCGAAGUCUCUCCUUCUCCAAGUACGGGCGGAAAAGCUGCCUCGUGGCGGAGAUCUGAGGCCCAAGUGCCUUCAAGACCCCCCCCUCUUUUGGGGACCCCCCAUUAAAGCCCUUU